UUUUCUCUUUCUAUCAUCUUCCUUAUUUUUUUACUCUCUCUCUCUCUCUCUCUCUCUCUCUCUCUGUCUCACUCAGCGAUUCUUGAAUCAAGAAAGUCCUUCUUUUUGCGUCUUUCCAAAAGACUCAUUUCUGUAAAAAAAACAACUUCAAUUCUUAUCUCUUUACUACCUAAUUUUGGGAGAUAUCUUUUUCUCUAUCACCCAAAGUCUUUUUGGUAAUCUCUUUGUAAAAAAAAGCUAACCUUUAAUCAAAGAUUAACCCAAUUGCUCAAAACAAAUUUUUGUGAUAUCAAUUCUCUUUCUAUCUCUGUCUUCAUUUCUUUAUCUCUCGCCCCUUUCCUCUUUUCUGUCUUUCUAAUUUUACAUUUGUUAACCACCUUGUCCAGUCUCACCAUUAACCAUUGUAAACUAAUCCCCCUACUCUUUGGUACCUGUUUCAUAAUCACCACCACCAAACACCAACUAUGUACGCGAUACCUAAAGGACCAGCAACAAAUAAGGUUUUAGUUAAAUCUCGGCGAAGUUUACCACCAAGGAUGGAUUCUUUCGAGAAUAAUCGUGGUAACAUGAAAAAUAAUCGCCGAGAAAAUUAUCCCAUCAAUGAUUUAAAUUCUCCACGGCAUGUUUAUCAUAACUCAUCUUCCGGUAAAAAGACUUAUCAUCACCACCACUACCCACGGGAAUCGAGGGUCAUAAGUCCUCAACAUCAGGAAAUGAUUAGUUACAUCCAUGGAAAUUGGGAAGGUGUUAUGAGGCAAUAUGAAAGCGAUGCCCAACUUCACCAAAACAUUCCAAUAUCUGGUAAAAGACUUCCAAGAGUUGCUUACUAUAAACAUAAUGAUAAUUUAUCUCGCCAUUCGCCAAAUGGAGAAAUCGGGAAUCGAGACAGUUUGGGGUCAAAGGAUCUUCCACCACAACAACAAUCACAACAACUCCAACCACAACCACAACAGCAACUCCAACAACAACCACCACCACCACAACCACAACCACAACCAAAACAUUCCUCAUCAUCCACCCGCUACCCGACUAUGAAUCUCCCUAAAUAAGUUGACCAAAUUUUUUUUGCUGAUUGCGCGUAUUUAUUAAAAAAGAAAUCACAUCUCGUUGAAAACAAAACACGAAACAAAAAAAAACAAAAAAAAACAAAGAUAAAUAUUUUUUGGUCUAUGAAUUUUUUUACUGCAUGAAAAUAAACUAAUUAUAUUCAUCGUUUGGAACCAAA